AUGGAGCAAGGUAAAGAGCCGAGAAACCCUCAAGUUUUGUCACAGAAUACCCAUGCAGAGAUUGUAGACUUACCACAACAGCCGCCAUUAUCUGAACCCGAACUUGAUAAUGUAACCAUGGCUGAUAGUAUAAGAGUUAGACGAAGAAAUGCAGCUCAGGUAGCAGAAAGAGCGUCAGAAGAAAUUAGACGUGAUGGUGCCUUUGAUUAUGAUCCCAACUUUGAACACAUCAUUGAAGAUGACACCAACGGUUUUAACGAAAACGAUGAUCCAGUUUAUGAACAACAACAACAGCGGAGACCACGGCGACUACGGAACUUAGAGUGA